AUGGCGGCCCUCACGGCACUUUACAACAAACGAUUCAACUCCAGUACCACAGAACCCUCACCCACUGCUACAGGUGCUUCAACAUUUUCCCUCCUUGUGGGAACAACUCUUGAGGGAAUCAAGUCUCUAAGAAGAAUUGAGGUUACCUUCUCCAAAGGACAAUUUUAUCUUAUGCAGACAAAAUAUGCACUAGAUCUGCUAAAGUGCACAAACAUGGAAACAACGAAGCCAUAUUCCUCUCCGGUUGUCACUGGCACAAAGUUGCAGCUCACAGAUGGUGAGGCACUUAUAGAUCCUUCCGCAUAUCGUAAUGUCGCUGGUGCUCUCCAAUAUUUAACUCUCACCCGUCCAGACUUAGCUUACGCGAUUAAUCAAGAUGCUGACUAUGCUGGUUGUCUAAUAGAUCAUAGUCCUACAAGUUUCUACUGUGUUUAUUUAAGAUAUAAUCCUAUUUCUUGGAGUGCUAAAAUGCAAUCUACUGUCUCUAGAUCAAGCCCCGAAUCAGAAUAUUGA